GGGAGCGCUGGGCAUCAGCCCUGCAGCGGGCGCAGCGGGAGGCCAUGGAGCGGGAGGCCACACGCGGCGAGGAGCAGGCCCGGCAGCAGGAGCUCAUCCGUGACAUGAAGGGGCGGCUGCUGGAGCUGCUGCGGGAGAAGGAUGCGCUGUGGCAGAAGACAGAGGGUAUCGACCCGCAGAUGCCCAGCCCAGCACCCCGUGACAUGGGGCUGUGCGCCCGCUGCCACAAGGACUUCCGCCUCCUCUCCCGGCGGUACAACUGCAGGUUGUGCCAGGACAAGGUGUGCCAUGCGUGCUCUGUGGACGUGGGCAAGCAGGGUCGUUGCUGCCUGCUUUGCUACCAACAAAGGCACCAGCAGGCCACGUGAGUCAGGACCACGUCCGUCAUGCCAUGCCUGGGACACCCCCUCUAGCCACAGUCUGCCCUCGCUGCCUCCUCACGGACUCACAUGAGCCAGGGACCCAGGCAUCCGGGGCCUGCUGCACAGGUUCUUCCAUUCACUCUUUAGGGUUUCAGACAUGUCUUUCACGUGGCUGGUCCACGGAGAGGAAAACAAC